AUUUCGCCAUCGAUACCUUGUUAUUUCGACAUUCACGAUCCCCUACAUCCGACAUUUUUGUUGUUUAGACAUCGCGACAAGAGCUUCUCACAACCAGGUGCCAAUUAAGACACCAAAGAAGCUCUGCAACUCUGGUUCCUUGCCUACCCGUUACCCGUUCACCCCUUGCCGGAUUCCAUCAUCCGUCUUCCCCGUUGGCGGUUGUUCCAAAUUCCAGCAAAUCCCAUAGGAUAAUUCCCCAUCUUUGCUGCUGAGGUGCUUCAUCAUGGCCAUCACGCCUUCGAAGCCAAUCUUCUGCGCGACCCACCCCAGGGCCUGCUCUACAGCCUUUGAGAGGGUGUUUAUGAGCCGCCGGGACAAGCUGGCGUGUGUACAUGAGCCUUUUGGCGAUGCGUUCUACUAUGGCCCUGAGCGGACUGGUGAGCGUUUUGAGAACGACGCUGAGGGCAGAGAGAAAUCUGGCUUCGCCGAGACGACGUAUGCCGAUGUUCUGAGGCAAAUUGAGGAGGCCGGCAAAGAUAAGCGCGCCUUCAUCAAGGAUAUGGCUUACUACAUUAUCCCGCCCAACCAGCAAAAAGCCUCCAUCGUCCCGUCUGCCGGCAACACUGCCGAGCCCACCAACCCCACCGUCCUGCCCUUGAGCAUCCUCCGCAAGUUCCAGUGGACGUUCCUCAUCCGCCACCCGCGCCGCUCCAUUCCCUCGUACUACCGCUGCACCCAGCCGCCCCUGGACGCCGUGACGGGCUGGACAAACUUCAACCCGUCCGAGGCCGGUUAUGAAGAGCUUCGCCGUCUCUUUGACUACCUCAUCCGUGAGCGCAUCGUCGACGAAAAGGACUUGUUGGUUGUCGACGCCGAUGACAUGCUUGACGACCCUGAGGCCGUCAUCCGCGCUUACUGCGCCCACGUCGGCCUCGACUUCACUGACAACAUGCUCAACUGGACCGACGAGGACACCAAGGUCGCCCAGGAGAAGUUUGCAAAGUGGAACGGCUGGCACGAUGAUGCCAUUGGCAGCACGUCGCUCAAACCGCGCGACAAGAAGCAUAAAAAGGUUAUCACCCGUGAGUCCGAAGAGGCUGAAUGGCUCAAGAAGUACGGCGAGAAGGGUCUCAAGGAGAUCCGCGAGUGCGUCGAUGCCAACGUCAAGGAUUACGAGUACCUCAAGAAGUUUGCCAUUCAGAUCUAAUUCCUCCGUAUGCGGAUAAGUACGGCUGGAUUUACACGUACGGACAUAACGUACACCUUUAACGAAGUUGAUGACCAAGAACGCCCACCAACCAAGGGAUGAAAUUUAUACAUGCAUGUUUUUAUUACAAAAACGGGAAAUCGGGUUUCUUUUUUUGAACGGAACAGUUCGAUAUAGGGAUAUAGGGAAACUUUGGGAGGUUUUUCUAUCAGGGACCUUGAAAUCGGUCCAUCAUGGGUUCAAUGUAACCGUAUUGAUACAAUAGUCUACAUGGCAAUGCCAAUAGCCAGCCACUUCUAACAGGAC